UCGAUGUGAAAGAAAAGAAAAGAAAGUGUAUAAAAUAAAAUAAACAUAACGGGGCGAAGAAACAACCGAAACGAAACGAAACGUUUCUUGGAAUUUGGAAACCCGGUUCAUCCUCUGCGCCUCCUCUCCCAGGCUUAUUGCUAAAUCAGAUCUUUGCUUUCUUAUUGGUUGUUGGUAAUUUGAUUUCCCAGUUUGAGUUGAGGUUAAAGGGGAGCCUUGGAUGGAAGGAUGAUGACACGAUUUAAUUUGAUUUUAUUUUUUUGAAGAAGGUUUAAUGCUUUAUGCCCUUGAAUGGGGUUUCUGAUAAAUUGGCACUUUGGGUUUUUGUUUGUUGUGUAAAAACAGAUGGCAAGGGGAGGAAAGGUUAGUGGCAAACGCAGUUUCAGGAAGAAGGUUAGGUCGAAGGAAGGGGGUUCUGAUGAUUCAGAUGAGGAUUAUGUGGUUUCAGAUGAUGGUAGGGAUGUGUCUGAUUGUCCGGAGGAUUCUUUCUCCUCUUUAGAUGGAUGUGCUUCUGAGGAGAGUUUUGAUGAUUUUAUAGAAGAGGAGGAUGAAGGGGAGGAGGAAAUUCGUCAAGUGAGGAAAUUCAAUAGAUCAAAGGCCAAAAGUAGCGAUUGUGAUCAGCGGAAAAUUGUAAGUAAAACAUCACGAAAGAGGGGGAGGAUUGCGUAUGCUGAACAACUAGAACAAGAAGAAGAACAAGGGGGAGAUGGAGAUGAUGACGAUGAAGAAGAAGAUGAGGAUUUUAAUUAUGACGAUGAUGAGGAAUUUACCCCAGAGGAAGAAGAUUACUCAGCUGAGGAAGAAGAAACAAUGGAGAGAAAGAAGAACAAUGAUGGUGUGAAAAUGGGCAAGAAGGUUUUACGGAAAAGGGUUUCUGCAACUUCUACCACAGGUCGGAAAAGGAGGAUAUCUAGAGCUUCAAGGAAGCCAAAGAGAAAGAGAAGACGACGGAGUGGAGGAUUACUGAGGAAAGUACAACUUGAUGAUGUCGAUGAUUUUAUAGAUAGCCCAGCAAUCAGGAUAAAGAGUAGGAAAAAAUUGGGUUGGGAAAGGAGAAGGAUUGUCCUUGAAGAUUCCAAUUCUGAUUCAGAUUGUGUAUCUGGUUCGUCUGAUUAUGAAUUUACUAUCUCUGAAGAAGAGAGGGAACAGGUGAGAGAAGCUAAGGAAUUGUGUUUAAGAAGGAACUUAAGGAGUUCUUCCCUGCUAGUGACAAAUGAAGUGGUUGGAGUACAUGACAAUGUACAUCAGCUACGGAAGCCUCCAGCCCGGAAGGGUAAGGAAAAGGUAGAGGAAUCUCAAGGAAGAAAAGGUAAGGAAAAAAUAGAAGAUUUAAAAAGUGAGGUGGGAAAGCAGGUGUGUGGAAUUUGCCUGUCUGAGGAAAAUAAAAGACGAUUAAGGGGUGUACUAAAUUGUUGCACUCACUAUUUUUGCUUUGCUUGCAUUAUGGAGUGGUCAAAGGUGGAAUCUCGAUGCCCUUUGUGUAAGCAAAGAUUCAAAACAAUCAGUAAACCUGCACGAUCAACAGCAGGAGUUGAUUUGAGAGAAGUGGUGAUACAAGUGCCAGAGCGUGACCAGGUUUAUCAGCCGUCUGAAGAAGAACUGAGGAGCUAUAUUGAUCCAUAUGAGUAUGUUAUUUGCUCAGAGUGCCAUCAAGGUGGGGAUGAUGGCCUGAUGUUACUCUGUGAUAUCUGUGAUUCCCCUGCACACACUUAUUGUGUUGGUCUGGGGAGGGAAGUACCUGAAGGUAAUUGGUAUUGCAAUGGUUGUAGACCAGUUGCUUUGGGAUCUUCAAACUCCCAAGUGCAAGAACGCGUGACAGAUCCAAGGUUGACAACUCAAAGCCUGCCUAUCAGAUCAUCAUCUGGUCUUAAUGUGAGAGAGAGUAUAGACCUCAACAUGGUGUCUUCACCUCGUACAUCUUUCAAUCAAGCAUUUGUGCAUCUUCCAUCUUCUAGAUUAUCUGGCCGAAAUGUUGAAGGAGCUUCUCCAGUACCGGGAGGAGGGGCACCAACUUUAUCAGAGAGACGCUGGAUACACCGUCAAAUUCAGCAGUUACUUUCAGUAGAUAGAAUGAACUCUCCAACUGCCACAACAAAUGGUAUUUCAGCUACCAGUUCAACAAACAACUUAUAUAACUCUCAAAUUGAUCAAAGUAGGGAACCAGUCACUCAACAUACAAGGACACAGGAUGUAGGAACAUCAUAUCACACAUUCUUUGAGGAGAGAUUAUGCAACAAUCUCUCUCCAUUAAUACAAAAUGGAGAUUCUUUCUCCAUAAGAAUAAGCAACUCAAGAAGGCAAGUGAUUCACAAUUCAGCGGCAUUUGCCAAUGGGCCUGUGAAUGGGGUGCUAUGGCCUGGACUUGUGGCGGCACCCCCCAUAUCAGGCUAUGAGGCAGUCCAUCAGUUUGGAAGCAGAGCUAACAUUAACAUUGAUGGUAGUUUGCCCCCUGCGAUCAAAGAAGAGAGUAAUUUCUUCAUUGUAAAGGAGCAGUUGCAGUCAAUGGUUAAUAACCACCUAAAGAGCUUCUCUCGAGAUAUUGAUUUAGGCCGUAGUACUUUCCAAGACAUUGCAAGAAGUUCCAUGCAUACCACACUCGCAGCUUGUGGGCUUGAGCACGACAAGAGUGAGGUUUGCACUGUGCCACCACCCGUGUGUCCCCACAUUGAACUAAUGGCUGGUGGACAAACGAGUCUGAUUAAAGGGUGCUGUUCAUCUUGCUUUGAUUCUUUUGUAGGGGAUGUGGUGAAAAGGAUUUUGGACACAAGAAUGUCAUCUCAAUGGUUACGAUUAGGACUUUAGGCAUAACAUUCUUACAAUGUGUCCUGAGCACACCUUUUUUGUCAUCACAGAGCCUAUAUAAUUCAAUUUGUUAACUUUGGCGCUCAUACAGAUGGCGAUCAAGAAUAAGCCUUACCUUGUUUGAAACGAUUCAAUUGUAGAAGGCUUAAUUUUAGUUUGUUAUAGUCAAAUUUUGAUUUUGGUCUUCUAAUAUAUUUUUUUAAUUUAUUUUUGUAAUUUUUAAUUGUUAUAAUUAAUUUUUUUAAUUUUUUAAUCAUUAUAAUAAAGUUUCUUAAUUGAUUUUUCU